AUGACCUGCAGCUGCUCCUCUGCCAACUUCUCCUCCUGCUCCCUGCCUGUUGCAGUUUCCUCUUGUGGCUCUUCCUACCCCAGCAACCUGGUCUACACCACUACCAGCUGCUCUCCCAGCACUUGCCAGCUGGGAUCCUCUCUCAGCAGUGGCUGUCUGGAGACCUGCAUUGAGCCCAUUAAAUGCCAGAGAUCCUGGGUGGUGUCCAGCCCCUGCCAGACAGCCUGCUACUACCCCAGGAGCUUCACACCUUGCAGUCCCUGCCAGGGGACAUAUGCUGGGUCUCUGGGCUUUGGAUCCACCAGCUGUGAUCCCCUGGGUUAUGGAUCAAGAAGUUGCUACUCAGUUGGCUAUGGACCCAGUGGCUUCAGAUCUCUGAAUUGUGGAGUCUCUGGCUUCCCUUCUCUGGGUUAUGGGUACAGAUAUUAUUACCCAAACUACUUGGUGUUUCAUGCCUGCUAA